CAUUCGACUGUUAGCUAGCUUUUCUCUCGUUCAUGCAUAUUAAUAUUUAGCAAUAAUGGGAUGCUCUUGCCUAGGAGCUUUGACAGGCGCGUCUUUAGGAACUGUGCAAGAAAAACUUAAGACACGGCUAGAUUUACUUAACGGCGUCCUGAGUGGGGAUUUUAAAGUCGAGUGUAAACUCUAUUUAAGGACUGAUGGGACCCAAAUUCCUGUUCAUACCGCAAAAUUAUCGUUUUUGAAUAAAAAGCCUCAAUUUUUUACUUUAUUAAAAAAUAAUAUCGUUCAAUCUAGCACGGGAAUGGAGGAGCUCUUUGAACGCUUAAAGCAUAAAAAUAAGCUUUUUACUGAGCGCAAAACAGUUAAUAUUGAGUAUGAACUUGAAGAUUUCUUGGUGAGUGUAGGGACAGUUUCGGUUGGUACGAGUGCUAAAUGUCUAUGUCUUGAGAUUGAAUAUUUGCCUUGUCUUCGCCUUAAAGAGACUACCCAAUUAUUGAAAGAAUUUUCCUCAAUGCUGAUACCAGCAGAUUUGCUGUGGACUUUUACUUGCGGUUCUGAUGAAGUAAAAGAAGAAAAAAAAAGUCACGAGGACUUUGGGCAACAGGAACUAACUCCGAAAGCAGGACUGAACGAGCUUCCGAGGUGUGAUUUCUCAAAUGUAAACUUAUCGGUGGAGAUUUUUUCUAUAAGGCAUAAAGCUUUUCAGUACAUCAAGUUUUUGCAAGAAAAUAAAAUAUUUUAA